UCCUUGUUGGUAGGUAAUACGCCAUUGGAUUCUACGACGUGGCUCAGCGUUUAUCAGGGCCUUCACGAAUCACGCCUACCCCAAAACAAUUCUUCCUUCCUCUCGCUCUCUCUGCAUCAUCAUGGUUCCGGCAGUUUUCUCAGGAAAAUGGCUUGGAGAAUCUGCCGGAAAACUCAUGUCAGUUGUUAGCGUUGUUGUUUUCCUUGUACUUGAUUUUCUUGACACUCUUUUUUGCAUAUUGUAUGGGAUUCUUGAUGAGUACUUUGAAGGAGACGCCUCCCCGUGCUAUUGUGGAAAGAGGAGGAGAGAGCUUAUUCAUGAUGGAGAAGGUAAACUAGAAGGUGAAAUGUCAGAGACUCUGUAUGCAAGGAAAAAUGUUUUCAGGGAAAUGGGGUUUCUUGGAUUCCCAAGAAAACGCAAAGAUUCCAAGAAAAGAGGUGGUGGAGUGGAGGUAAAUAGGUGGUCUGAGUGUGGGUGUGAAUCUUGUGUUUCUUGGAUGAAAAAGGGUGAUCAGAAACUUCAUGUUAUAGUGAGGGAGCCUUCAAAAGUUUUAUGUUUAACAGCAAUGAUUGAAGAUUGUAGGGGAAAGCCUGCUGAGAACGUGAUAUUCUUGCAUGGGUUCCUUUCUUCCUCCUCAUUUUGGACAGAAACAGUGUUUCCAAAUCUUUCUGACCACAAUUAUAGGUUGUUUGCUGUUGACCUCUUGGGAUUUGGAAGAAGCCCAAAGCCAAGGGACUGUUCAUACACUUUGAAUAAUCAUGUCCAAAUGAUUGAAAAGUCUGUGAGUCGUCCAUUUCAGUUGGAUUCUUUUCAUUUAGUUGCACACUCCAUGGGUUGUAUAAUUGCUCUAGCCUUAGCUGCCAAGUACUCAAACUCUGUCAAAUCAAUCACCCUCGUAGCACCUCCUUACUUUGGUCCUUCUAAAGAUGGAGAAAGUUUAAUGGUGCUUAAUAAAGUUGCUGGGAGGAGAUUGUGGCCGCCAUUAUCGUUUGGUUCAUCAUUUAUGUCAUGGUAUGAGCACUUGGGUCGAUGUGUAUGUUUUCUUUUUUGCCGAAACCACAGGACAUGGGAGAAAAUGCUGAGGCUGCUUACUUGGAAAAGGGAUCUCCACUUCACGAUUAUGGAUUUGAGUAGACACACCCAUCAUUCAGCUUGGCAUACGAUGCAUAAUGUGAUAUGUGGUGGAGCGAAAGUAGUGGAUGGGUGUCUCACAGUUUUGGCGGAGGCCGGAGUGAAAAUGUGUGUUGUUCAUGGUGAUGGGGACCAGGUUGUCCCAUUGGAGUGCUCCAAGAACAUCAAGAUGAAAGCUCCAGAGGCAGAGGUUAAUGUCAUCAAAAAUGGUGACCAUGGCAGUGUCAUCCAUGGUAGAGAGAAGGAAUUCGCUGGAUCUCUAGAGCGUACAUGGGCGUCUAUCUCUCGCUGAUAAUAUUCCUACCAGUCUGGAAUGUUGUUCAGAAAAUACAUGAAAAGCAUUUUUGUUGGAAAGAAGAUGACAUGAAUUAGUACAACAAAUCAGAAGUUGAAUUCUGUAGCUUCUUUUUGUGGGUCUCAACGGAUUAAUUGUGAUACUUUUGUUUGCGGGAGUGGCUCCCAUUGCAUGCAGUGACUUCAUUUCUGAGGUUUA